UUAUUUCCCUUCACGACUUUAUUCCUUUAGAAAGGCCCUAAAAUAUAUAUUCUGCCACUUUGCAAAACGCUUCACAAACAAUUCUACAUAGCGGCGGUGACAAAGGCAUCUCUACACCACCUUGUUCGCUAUCAAAUUUCCCUAUUUUCGUUAGCACGGUGUGAGAUGGCAGGAAGGAAUCGCAUUCCUCGGGAAGCAUUUGAUAACCGACGGGGCUAUCCUGCAGAAGGACAUAUUGCCCGGGUUCCUAUGCCUCGACCCAUGCCUCAUCCUGCCUUGUUGGAGGAAGAACUUGAAAUUCAACAUGUUGAAAUACGCAGACUUUUGGGUGAAAACCGGAGACUGGUUGAAGAUCGAAUUGCUCUGCAACGUGAAUUGGGUGCUGCGAAGGAGGAACUUCAUCGCAUGAAUAUUGCAAUAGGUGAUAUUCAGGCGGAGCAUGAAAUUCGCUCUAGGGAACUAAUUGAAAGGGGUUUGAAGCUGGAAGCAGAUCUUCGAGCUGCUGAACCUCUGAAAAAUGAGGCUAAACAACUCCGUGCUGAAGUUCAGAGGCUUAAUAUUAUUAAGCUGGAUCUCUCUGGCCAGGUACAGACCCUCACCAAAGAUCUUACCAAGCUACAAGCUGAUAGCCAACAGAUUCCCCAUUUAAGGGCUGAGAUUGAUGGACUGCAUCAGGAGCUUUUGCGCGCUAGGUCUGCUAUUGAGUAUGAGAAUAAGGCUAAAGUUGAACUCAUGGAUCAGAGACAGGCAAUGGAGACAAACUUGGUCACUAUGGCACGCGAAGUUGAGAAGCUACGUGCUGAGCUUUCUGGUUCUGAUGGUAGAGCAUGGGCUGCAGAUGAAAGCUGGAAGCUUGGUUCAAUGAUGUGCUUUUACCUCUAUCUGGCUGCCUUUAUGCUAUGGGAAGAUAUUUUUGGUACAAAGUUGGGCUGUGACCUGUUGGCUGUGGGAGCUGUAUACGGUUAAGUUGGAUGUUUUGUGGCAUAAUCGUUCAGUUUACUUGGCUGAUAUCUUUGUCCCUCAGGGAUCCUUGGCUGGCCUGAUUCUUUCUUUUCUGAUAAUGAUAAAGAAGGGGUCUAGGGAGUUCAUGACGAUCUGAUCUAAGACGAUCUGAAUUGGGGUAUUUCUGAAUGAUACUGAAUAGGAAGUUCGUAAGCAAUCCAAUUUACAUCCACUUGGGAUUGAACUUAAGGGUGUUCUUAUGAUUGGGAGGAGCUUGACUGGGAAUCAGCCCACAUCUUGCCAUCCUGCAUUAACGAAAUCAAUACCCAUUAGUUGUCGCAUUACAUAAAAUUCAAAUGGACAGGAGGUGCCAUGCUGUUAUAGCAGCGCGUAGACAUGGGUUUGACAUUUUUAUGCUCCCAGAGGUUGUGCUUAUGAGCAGCAACAUAUAGUUGCGCAUGCCAAAGCGGGAUUCUAACAGUGAGGGUAUCGGAAAAGCAGCUUGAUGGAUUGUGCGACAGCUGGUAGCGUCACUUUUUAUCGCUGGAAGUUAAGGUUCUUUAGUCUUCAAGUACGUUGUUCCUUGAGAGAUGGGACAUGAUAGCAAAAUCACAGAAUAACAUGGGACAUACAUGAUACGGAAAUAUGGGGACACAUAUGCAAGGGUCGACUUCCUUAAGGUAGUUGCAUGACCCGAUCGUCACUGAUUCGUAUACAAUGAUGAAACUGGAUUAGCUGUGUUCGCAAUGGCAUGUUAGGUUCACCUAAAUCCAGUUUCAACCAAUUACAGCAUAUUCUUUCUUGUCUUCUUUGAGAUUGUUUGUUGCCUUCUCUUCAUUUUUUUGUUUUUUGUUCUUUUAGGGGAGAUGAUUGAGUUUGGUAUCUGAAUGUUAGAAUAAGUUAAAUGAACUCGUACGAGGAUCCUUUACAUUAAUUAAUGGGUAAUAUAGCAAGGAAUAAUCCUUCCUCUGACAA